AUGGGGGCCAACGACUCUACAACCCGCGAAAGUGCUUUCAACCAAAGCCCCGGCCGCCCUGUCCGUGCCGGUAGAGCCGCCGACGAGUCGAGAUCCGAACACACAUCCUCCGGCGUCGUGGUAGAUCCCGAGGAAGGCGGUGAGGCAGUACUGAGAGACAAUCAGGGAGAAAGAGGACAGCAAGAGGCGGUAGAGGAAGAGGAGGCACUAGACGAAGACGAAGAAGGCAGCGACGAACUCGGUCCCGACCCCCUGGGCGAAUCCACAGCAAACGAGCUCACCAUGCUCGAGCAGUUCGACAAGCAAGAAGUCACAGCCGUGCCCUUUGAGCCCGAGACCGUCUCGCGCGACGAGUACCUCAAGCUCGGCCAAGGCGGUGCCACAAUCGCUGCUGGAAACUUUGCUGGUGUCAUCGAGGAUCGCAUCAAGAUUGUCGCCGAAGCCCAGCAGGACGAGUUCCGCUACCCUCCCCAUAUCGCCAAGCGCAUGCUCAAGGGCGAGCUUGUCUCAUUCAAGGACGAAGCCGAGAAGGAAGCGGUCCUUGCGACCGUCAAGAAGGAGGACUUCAAGUUUUCUGCCCUCAACUCCAACAGCCAAAACGUCAUGUUUGACAAGUUCGUUCGCGGCACAUACCCCGAUCCCAAGGCCGCGACACACAAGAACAAGAUCUUGAACGAGAUCGCCAGCACCAUUUCGCGCAACUCCACAUACCUCAGCAAGGACUCGACUAAGCUCCUCAGAAAGAUCGGUAGCUUGUUGCCUUCAGAGGCCGCUGCACGCAAGCCCGCCGCUAACCCCAAGAAGUAG